CUCACCGUGAAAUGUUUGCUGACCGCAUGUUCUUGAUUGUAUUUGGGGUAUUGCCCGCAUUCUUAAUGCUAAUCCAGGCGCAGGAAGAAUGCGGAAAACUGCGGGAAAGCCAGCUUUACGACCGAAAUGAGAUCACGGCUCCGGAUGAAUACACCUGGAUUGGUCGCGUUGGCUAUGAAGAUUCAAAUAAUGCCAGCAUUGAGUUCCAUUGUCUUGCGGUGCUGAUCCAUCAGCGAUAUGCGAUUCUUCCCGCCCAUUGUGUUCUCAACAUACCGGUUGGCGAUGCCACGUUUAUCCUCUUUGGAGACUGGCAUGCCAGUUCUGAAUUCAAAGUGGGCGAUUGUCGCCAGGUGAGGGACAUUUCACAGUGCACCACGCCCCCUCAAGCGGUGGAUAUCGAGGAGCUGGUGGUGCAUCCCCGGUAUAAAGUAUCAACUGUCUUAGACGGUCUCAACUACAACAUCGCGCUGGCCAAACUGGAGCGAAGUGUGGUCUUCUCGGACUUUGUGCAACCCAUCUGCUUGCCACCUGCUGGAGAAGACAAGGAUAAGCACAUCGGACAGAGAUUGGAAUGGGCUGGAUUCAAGAAAUACAGUUUGCCCCGAAAGCUGGAAAACGAUGAGAAAUGGCGAUCGAAGGUGCAGUUGCAAAUUGCAAGUCGAGAGUUCUGCAACUCAAAAAUUUGGAACCUUCGUCCACUGUUUGAGAACCAUCUUUGCUCGGUGGGAGACAACAAAUCCUUCCUUUCGUGGGGAUCGCCACUGAUGGCCUUUGAAGUGGUGAACGGAAAGCCAAGAAACUUCUACUUGGUCGGAAUACAAAUCAGUACUACAUCAGCACCUGGUGACGAUCUCGAUUCUUUCCUAUUUAUGCGGGUUCAUCCAUUCAGGAAUUGGAUUUUGAAUAACAUAAAAUAUAACUAGGCAAAGUAGUUAAAAAGCACUGAUCAGAUGUUGCUAAUAUUGCACUCAGGUUUAAUUGUUGAGUGGAAACUUGAUUGAGUUAAAUUAUGUUAAAAAACUCAGAAAAAUACUUCAACUUGAAAGAAAACUUUCACUCAGAUAAACAGAAAAUCACCUCAAUUUAAGCUUUUAAGCUAUGUACUUAAAGAUUUUAGCAUUAUCUAAUCAUGUAUUUUAUAAUAAUAAAUGUAUA